UUAAAAUGGCUGAAACACAGAUAAUGGUUCGACGAAAUUUGCCAGGCACAAAAUAUGAGGAAUGGUGUAACUGGCCUGAUGAGACGUUUGAAGAGAUGGACAGCACUCUGGCAGUGCAGCAGUAUAUCCAGCAGUCAAUAAGAAAGGACAUUCAGAAUGUUGAGAACAUCCUCACUCCCCCAGAGAGCCAGGAUGAAGGGGUGUGGAAGUAUGAACACCUAAGGCAGUUUUGUAUGGAGUUGAAUGGACUGGCCGUCAAACUCCAGGUAGAGAAUGAAUGUAACCCCGAGACGUGUACCCAGAUGACAGCUACUGAACAGUGGAUAUUCUUGUGUGCUGCUCACAAGACACCAAAAGAGUGUCCUGCCAUAGACUACACUAGACACACUCUAGAUGGCGCUGCUUGUCUAUUAAAUAGUAACAAAUACUUUCCCAGCAGGGUUAGCAUCAAGGAAUCCUCGGUGGCAAAAUUGGGCUCCGUAUGUCGGAGAGUCUACAGAAUAUUUUCUCAUGCCUACUUCCAUCAUAGGUCACUAUUUGAUGAAUUUGAGAAUGAAACAGCUCUGUGCAAGCGGUUCACACUCUUUGUCACCAAGUAUAAUCUCAUGUCCAAGGACAAUCUCAUAGUUCCAAUUCUGGAGGACCAACAGGAAGGUGCCAACGAAAGUGAGGCUUGAAAGUGGAGAUGGUCUGAUUCACUCAGUGGAUGUGACUUUGCAGAGCAUGUGCUGUGAAAAAGAGGCUCGAAAAUGGAGAUCGUCAAAUGUGCUUUAUGACGUGAACUGAGCAGAGUACCUGUUUUGAAAAGGAGGCUUGAUCAUAUGACCUGCAUAAAGAUUGAGAGUUUUGCGCUUUCAUUGAAAUACCAAUAAAUGUGGCACUUCUUUAAACAGUCACAGAAGUCUGCUGUGCCGUAUUAGAAAGUUCCACUAAAUACUGAAAAUGUAACAAAACAGUUUUUUUAACAAAAAGGCCACCAGGAAUCCUGUGAUGUGGUGCGCUGUAAAAAGAUGAAAAUGUACAUUAAUUUAAAAGUAGUUGAUUUAAGUGUAAGUUAAAUAUUCGUAUGAACAACCACGAAAAAGAAACCAUGUGACCUGUGUCUUUUAUUUAUUAUAAAUUUUGUUAGUGUAAGUGUUAAUUUAAUCCUAUAUAAAUGUAAUGAAAUAAAUUGAAACGGUGAAAACA